AUGAGGGCUUCGUUGCUGGCGUGGUCACUCCUCUCGUUAUUCUCUGUUGCCUCUUUUGCCGCUCCCUCCGAUCAAGAUGUAAAAGUUGAUGCGGAAGAGGUGAAGGCUACCACCUUCAAUGGCAUUGAAGUGCCUCAAAUGAAGGAGCUGUCGCCCGAUACCUUCAAGGACACAAUCAAGGAUGGCUACUGGUUUGUUAAACACUAUUCUCCUAUUUGCCCGCAUUGCAAGCAGAUUGCCCCGACAUGGCAAACCCUCUACGAGUUUUACCAGACUUCGGAUCCGCUAUCUUCUUCGUCAUCCAAAUCUCCCGACACCAAGUCGCUGAAUUCGUUCCAACCCUUUUACAACUUCCACUUCGCAUCGCUCAACUGUAUGGCAUACGGGGACCUGUGCAAGGAAUUAGGCGUCAAAUUCUUCCCGACUUUCUCGUUCUAUCACAAUGGGGAACUCGUGGAACACUUCGACGGCGAAAAAUCGAUGAAAGGCCUUAGCGACUUCAUCGAAGGAAAACUGGAAACCAUCAAGCCUGGAUCUCGUCCUCCGAACGGCCUCAAACUGCCUAAAGCGGGUGAUAAGGAGAUGGACCCGAGGGCUCAGCCAGAGGUCCCUGCCGCCAAGGACAAAAACCCCGAGGCUGGUGCGAAGGCCGGCGAGGAGCACAACGAGAAAGCUGCUGCGCUAUCCGACAAAGGCUCGUCCGCCGAGAAAGAUGCGACUCCCAAGCCCAAAUCUACCCCGCCUGCAGCACCAGCUAAUCCGCAGGGAAUGUCCGUUCCUCUCACCGCCGAAAGCUUCCAGAAGCUUGUGACGACCAGCAAGGAUCCUUGGUUCAUCAAGUUCUACGCUCCUUGGUGCCCGCACUGCCAGUCGCUGGCUCCUACCUGGAGGCAGAUGGCCAAAGAAAUGCAGCACGUCCUCAACGUCGGAGAAGUCGACUGUGACGUGGAGAAGAGGCUGUGCAGCGAUGCCCACGUUAGCGCGUUUCCGACCAUGUAUUUCUUCCGCGGCGGAGAGAGGGUUGAAUACACCGGUCUGCGUGGUCUGGGUGAUCUUGUCAGCUACGCCAAGAAGUCGGUCAGCGUGGGACUGGGUGUGCAAGAUGUCGAUGCGGACACAUUUAAGGAGCUGGAAGAGAAAGAAGAAGUUCUUUUCUUGUACUUCUACGACGACGCUACGACCUCGGAGGACUUCGAGGCUCUGGAACGCCUGACCCUGAGCUUGGUUGGCCAUGCUCGAAUUGUGAAGACGAGCAGCGGCGCUCUCGCCGAGAGAUUCAAGAUCAACACUUGGCCGCGUCUCCUUGUCUCGCGGGAUGGCCGCGCCAACUACUACACCCCGAUUGCCCCGAAGGACAUGCGUGACUUCCGACAGAUCCUGGCCUGGAUGCAAACUGUGUGGCUGCCUAUCGUCCCGGAGCUUACGGCUUCCAAUGCGCGCGAGAUCAUGGACGGCAAGUACGUCGUCCUCGGCAUCCUCAGCCGCGCGCGCUCCGACGAAUUCCUGCAGUCGAAAAGAGAGCUGAAAAAUGCCGCGCUGGAAUGGAUGGAGAAGCAAACACAAUUGUUCCAGUUGGAGCGACAGGAGCUGCGAGAUGCUAAGCAACUCCGCAUUGAAGAAGCCGACGACCGCAACGACCAGCGGGCCCUGCGGGCUGCCAAGAACAUGCGGAUCACCAUCCGUGAAGACGACAAGAAGCAGGUGGGCUUUGCCUGGGUCGACGGUGACUUCUGGGAGCGCUGGCUGAGAAAUACCUACGGGAUUGACGUGGCCAACGGGGAGCGCGUCGUCAUCAACGAUCAAGAUAACCGACGCUAUUGGGACUCUUCUUCGAGCGGAGCUUCCAUCAUGGCUUCGCGUACCUCCAUCCUCGAAACGAUUCCUCUCGUGGUGGCCAACCCGCCCAAGCUGUCCCCCAAGUCGACGGUGGGCACCUUCGAGUCCAUCUUCUUCUUCACCCGGGGCUUCAUUGUCAACCACCCCAUCCUCUUUGUCAUUCUUCUCAUCAUCUCCGCCGUGGUAGCCGCCGUCAUUGCGCGCGGCAGAGCCCGACGUGCAGGCCGCGGUGGUAUCCUCGGCGUGACGAAUGGUAACGGAUUCUUCCAUCUCGACGGAAAGGAAGGUCUUUUGAACGGCGGCUCGACGGGGAAAGUUUUCUCCCAGACCCUUCGUCGCGCUGCGGCCCAGUCCGCCGGUGCCUACCGCUCUCCCUUCGCUCCCAAGUACACCACCAGCCCUCACUUCCAUGGCCUGACCGUGGGUGAUGCCACCAAGUAUGGUUCCAUCGCCGCCACUUUCGGCGUCAGCGCCGGUGUCUUCGCCCUCUUCUUCUUCGGCGAGGUCCCCCGUGUCCGCAAGGAUAUCCUGCAGCAGUUCCCUUUCUUCGACACCUACUUCGACCGGACGGUCGCUCCCGAGGACAACCCCUUCUAA